AACGCAUCCGUCAGGCCCGGGGGAAGGGGGUUGCCUGAGCCGUGGCACAGCAACAGCUGCGCUGCACGCCCCUGAGGCCCUGAUCGAAGCGGCGCACUGCAGCCAUGCCGCUGCGGCUGGAUAUCAAGAAAGUAUUCUCGCAGCGCUCGGACCGCGUGAAGAGCGUGGAGCUGCACCCCACAGAGCCUUGGAUCUUGGCGUCUCUGUAUAAUGGCCACGUCUACAUCUGGAAUUAUGCGGAGCAGUCGCUGGUCAAGUCUUUUGAGGUCACAGACCUGCCGGUGCGCAUCGCCAAGUUUGUGCCGCGCAAGCAGUGGGUCGUCUGCGGCGCGGACGACAUGUUUGUGCGGGUGUACAACUACAACACCAUGGACAAGGUGAAGCAGUUUGAGGCGCACACAGACUACAUCAGGCACAUUGCGGUACAUCCCACAUUGCCGUACGUGCUGACAUGCUCCGAUGACAUGCUGAUCAAGCUGUGGGACUGGGACAAGGGCUGGCAGUGCACCCAGAUCUUUGAGGGCCACUCGCACUACGUGAUGCAGCUGGUGUUCAACCCCAAGGACACAAACACCUUUGCCUCCGCCUCGCUAGACCGCACCAUCAAGGUGUGGAGCCUGGGCAACCCCACGCCCAACAUGACGCUGGAGGGGCACGAGAAGGGGGUCAACUGCGUGGACUACUACUCGGGCGGCGACCGCCCCUACCUGGUGUCUGGCGCCGACGACCGGCUGGUCAAGGUGUGGGACUACCAGACCAAGGCGUGCAUCCAGACGCUAGAUGGCCACUCCCACAACAUCUCCACCGUCUGCUUCCACCCAGAGCUGCCCCUCAUCCUCACCGGCUCCGAGGAUGGCACCGUGAAGCUGUGGCACAGCACCACGUACCGCCUGGAGAACACGCUCAACUACGGCAUGGAGCGGGUGUGGGCUGUGGGCUACGUCAAGGGCUCCAACAGCGUGGCCGUGGGCUACGACGAGGGGUGUGUGAUGGUGAAGCUGGGGCGCGAGGAGCCUGUGGCCUCCAUGGACGCAAGCGGCAAGAUCAUCUGGGCCAGGCACAACGAAGUGCAGACGGCCAACGUGAAGAGCCUGGGAGACAUGGAGGAGACCGACGGCGAGCGGCUGCCGCUGGCGGUCAAGGACCUGGGCUCCUCCGACAUCUACCCGCAGUCCCUGCAGCACUCCCCCAACGGCCGGUUUGUGACGGUGUGCGGCGACGGCGAGUACGUCAUCUACACCGCCCUGGCCUGGCGCAACAAGAGCUUCGGGUCGGCACUGGAGUUUGUGUGGGGAGAUGACUCUAACGUGUUUGCCACGCGGGAGAGCAGCAACACGAUCAAGGUGCACCGCAACUUCAAGGAGGCCCAGACCAUCAAGACCCCCUUCUCCGCCGACGCCAUCUACGGCGGCCAGCUGCUGGGCGUGCGCUCCCAAGACUUCAUCUGCUUCUACGACUGGGCCACCGGCAAGGUGGUGCGCCGCAUCGACGUGGGCGCGCGGGGCGUGUACUGGAGCGAAGGCGGCUCGCUGGUGGCCAUCGCCUCGGACAAUUCUUUCUACAUGCUGGAGUACAACCGGGACGUGGCGGAGUCGUUCCUGGCCUCGGGCGAGGAGGUGGAUGAGGACGGCAUUGAGGAUGCCUUUGAGCUCACCUCUGAGAUCCCGGAGAAGAUCCGCACCGGCAUCUGGGUGGGCGACUGCUUCGUCUAUAACAACGCAGCCUGGCGCCUGAAUUACUGCGUCGGCGGCGAGGUGACCACGCUCUUCCACCUUGACAAGCCCAUGUACCUGCUGGGCUACCUGGCCUCCCAGUCGCGCGUGUACCUCAUGGACAAGGACUUUGGGGUGGUGCCUUACACCCUGCUGCUGUCGGUGGUGGAGUACAAGACCCUGGUGCUGCGCGGCGACCUGGAGACGGCGGCGGAGGUGCUGGAGACCAUACCCAAGGGCCCUGCUUGCUCGUCUGCCCACCAGCUGAGCGUGUGCUGCGCCGCCCGCUGCUCCUGGCCCCUCCCCCGCCUGCCUGCAGACUACCGAUUUGAGCUGGCUGUCAGCCUGGGCAUGCUGGAUCUGGCCCUGGAGCUGGCAGGGCAGUCAGACAGCGAGUCCAAGUGGCGCCAGCUGGGCGAGCUGGCGCUGGGCAACGGGCAGCUGGAGGUGGCCCAGCAGUGCUUUGUGCGGGCAAAGGACCUGGGGGGCCUGCUGCUGCUGCACUCCAGCCACGCCGACGCCAAGGGCAUGUCGGAGCUGGCUGGGCUGGCGGAGGCGGCCGGCAAGCAGAACAUCGCCUUCAUCUGCCACUUUUUGCUGGGGCGCCUGGACGAGUGUGUUGACCUGCUGAUGUCGUGCGGGCGCCUGCCCGAGGCGGCCUUCUUCGCACGCACCUACGCGCCCUCCCGCAUGACCGAGGUCGUCAAGCUGUGGCAGGGCGACCUGGCAAAGAUCAACCCCAAGGCAGCAGAGAGCCUGGCCAACCCAGAGGCGAGUGGCACGAGCGGGGCAGCCCGCCGCCUGCUGCGCACCCUGUGCUAUGCGUGCGACCCAUUGCUUACCGCUCCCCUCUUUCCUCACGCUCCUCCUUUCUCAGCUGGUUCUCAAAGCUCUCCGCAGCUCCCCUGCCGGUCUCCUUCCCUGCUUUUCCCCCCCGGUUCCCACACUCUGUUGCCCCAUGCUCGCGCGCCUGCAGGAGUAUCCCAACCUGUUCCCUGGCAUCGGGGAUGCGCUCAAGGCGGAGGCGUGGCUGCGCCAGCAGGCGGCGCACCCGCAGCCCGCGGCGCGGUGCGUGCCCCGGCCUGGCAGCAUGCUGCCUGGCAGGCGCCGUGGGGCGGCAGCCCUUGCUUCGGCAUCCGCUGGCGGAGCUGA